AUGUCAUUUUUGGCUUCUUCUCCCUUUUUUUUUGUUUUUUUUUUUGUUUUUUUUUUUUUUGUUUUUUUUUUCUUUUUUAUCUUCUCACUUCCUUUCAAUUUUUUUUACAUAUCCUUAACUUCAUUUCCCUCUCCUCGUUUAAAUUCUUUUACCUCUUUCUUUCUUCUUCCUUUUAAUUCAUUACCUCUUUCUUUUCUUCUUCCUUUUAAAUUCAUUACCUCUUUCUUUCUUCCUUUAAAUUCUUUUUACUCUUUCUUUCUUCUUUCUUUAAAUUCAUUACCUCUUUCUUCUUCCUUUAAAUUCAUUACCUCUUUCUUUCUUCUUCCUUUAAAUUCCUUUUUCUUUAGCUUUUUCUUUCUUCUUCUCUCCUCUUCUUUUAAAUUCUUUACUAUAUUUCAUUCUUCUAUUCCCCUCUGUUCCUUUCAAUACUUUGCCAUUUUAUUUCUUCUUUCCCCCCAUUUUUUCUUUAAAUUCUUUACGUUUAUCUUUCAUCUUUCCCUCUCUUCCUUUAAAUUAUUUACCUUUUUCUUCUCUCCUUUUCUUUUUAAUUCUUUACUUUUUCUCUCCUCUCCUUUUCUUUUUCAUUCUUUACUUUUUCUCUCCUCUAUUCCCCGUCUUCCUUUAAAUUCUUUACAGUUUUUCUUUCCUCCCCCCCCAACUUCCUUUAAAUUCCUUUUUCUUUUUUCUUUCCCCUCCACGUUUAAAUUCUUUACCGUUUUCUUACUUUUUCUCCAUUCUUCCUUUAAAUUCUUUACUUUUUUCUUUCUUUCUUUCCCGCCUCUUCCUUUAAAUUAUUUACUUUUUCUUUCUUUCUUCCCCUCUUCCUUUAAAUGCUUUACUUUUUCUUUCUUUUCCCCCUCUUCCUUUAAAUGCUUUACUUUUUUCUUUCUUUUCCCCCUCUUCCUUUAA